CUGGCCCCGCUAUAUAACCUGCGCGUCCUGCACCCAGCCCCUAGAAAAAAGAGAAAACACCCUCGCACAGGAGAGCUCUCCAGGAGUAACAGGGUUAUGAGACCAUCACUGCAAAGGAGACACUAAAAAAAAAAAAGAAGGACUUCAAAAAUGACCAAAUCGUACAGCGAGAGCGGGCUGAUGGGGGAGCCCCAGCCCCAGGGUCCCCCGAGCUGGACUGAGGAGUGCCUCAGCUCUCAGGACGAGGAACACGAGGCGGACAAGAAGGAGGAGGAUCUCGAAGCCAUGCAAGCCGAGACCGAAGAGGACUCGCUGAGAAAUGGCGAGGAGGAGGAUGAAGACGACGACUUAGAGGAAGAGGAGGAAGAAGAGGAAGAGGAAGAAGACGAUGAUCAAAAGCCUAAAAGACGGGGUCCCAAGAAGAAGAAGAUGACUAAGGCGCGCAUGGAGAGGUUCAAGCUGAGGCGCAUGAAGGCUAAUGCCCGGGAGCGGAACCGCAUGCACGGGCUGAAUGCGGCUCUGGACAACUUGCGCAAGGUGGUGCCCUGUUACUCCAAGACGCAGAAGCUCUCCAAGAUCGAGACCCUGCGCUUGGCCAAGAACUACAUCUGGGCGCUCUCCGAGAUCCUGCGCUCUGGCAAGAGCCCGGACCUCGUUUCAUUUGUACAGACCCUGUGCAAGGGCUUGUCCCAACCCACGACCAACUUAGUAGCCGGCUGCCUCCAGCUCAACCCCAGGACUUUCCUUCCGGAGCAGAGCCAAGACAUGCCGCCCCAUAUGCAGCCGGCCAGUGCUUCCUUCCCAGUGCACCCUUAUGCCUACCAGUCCCCGGGUCUUCCCAGUCCGCCCUAUGGCACCAUGGACAGCUCCCAUAUCUUCCACGUGAAGCCUCCUCACUCGUUUGGGGCUGCUCUGGAGCCAUUUUUUGAAAGCACCCUCACUGAUUGCACCAGCCCUUCCUUUGACGGACCCCUCAGCCCGCCCCUCAGCAUCAAUGGGAACUUCUCUUUCAAACAUGAACCUUCCAACGAGUUUGAUAAAAAUUAUGCCUUUACCAUGCACUAUCCCGCAGCUACUCUGGCAGGAGCCGCAGGCCACGGAUCAAUCUUCUCUGGCUCUGCCUCUCGCUGUGAGAUCCCCAUAGACAACAUUAUGCCCUAUGAGAGCCAUUCCCAUCACGAACGAGUCAUGAGUGCCCAGCUCAAUGCCAUCUUUCACGAUUAACCCUUCAAGGCGCACCAGCGUCACGACAGAGAAGGAAACAAUUUGAUUGUGCGUACAGUGACUGACUUGUUUACAAAGGGCAGCCCUUUGGGUACCACUGCUACGAAGUGCAAAUACUCCAAGAUUCAAGUGAUAUAUGUAUUUAUUGUCGUUUCUGCCUUUAGGUGAAAUCGGGACGCAAAGUUCCUGUUCACCUUCUGUAUUAUUUUCUAAAAGCUCUUGAAAACUACACUGUAAAUUUGGUGUAGGGGUAUUCAGAUCGUUUUAAUUAUCUGAUCGGGAUAACAAAAUCACAAGCAAUAAUUAGGAUCUAUGCAAUUUUUAAACUAGUAAUGGGCCAAUUACAAAAUAUAUAUAAAUCUAUAUU